CUUUGAUUUGCAUAAAGGAAACAUUUAAGUUAAAUUAUCGAAUCUUAUUUCGACAUGCAUGCACGGGCCUCAGAACACCCGACUUUUGUUGUGCAGUGCUCCGCUGCCGCAGACGUAUACAAUUGAAACCAUUACACCUCUGAAUGUUUUUUUCUUUUCGUUUUCUGCUGUAUAUAAAUGGUAAUAUCGGAAUGUGGAAGCCUUGAACGGGACCCCAGAGAGCCUAGUCAGAGUUUGACAUAUGAAUAUUGUCUAAUACUUCUAUCUCAAAGUGAUAUUGAAGGUUGUUAUACAAGAGCGGCGAUGGAAAAAAGACCGAUCUCAGAAUUGUUAAAAGAGAGGAAAUCACAAUAGAACUUUCUUAAGGGGAUGGAGUGGCCUUUCACUUUAGAGCUAAAAUCCUUGCAAAACAUAAUGAGAGAAAACUCGGUUUGUAAAAAUGAAUGGUACCAUACUAAAUCAUAAGAAUUUGAUAAAGUAAUUGGUGUUUCAAACUUGUCAAAAUCCGAGAUGAAAUACCAUAUUGUUUAAAUGUGAUCUUUAAAAGUGAUAUUAAUCACGAUGUUGUAGAUUGAGAUCAAGUGAUUAUCUCGACACGCCUGAGUAAAUCUUUUUUCUCCGAUUUCAUUGGCAAUUGACACCAUCUGAUAUGACCAAAGAUAGUCAUCACGAAUUUGUUUCCACCAUAAUGUCUCUUGUUUUCGCGAUUUAUGACCAGAUAAAGAUAUUGGACUUCUCUGGUUCCAUGUCUAGUGUACGGGUGGACGAUUUUCGGAUUAAAUAUUUAAACGUAUCUGGUAAUUAAACCCCAACCUUCGGGUGACCCUCGAGGGCCCAUUAACAACAUACUUACACCUUUACCCCAUUAAUCAAUAAACUUAAUUGUUAUUUAUUACACACUGUGUCAUCGCCCAAUUGCACUUUAAAAUUCGAAACAUGUUUUUCUCAUAAUUAUUAGGUGGCAGAAACCCAGAACAUUUCUGAAUUAUUCAUUAUAGGGCAUAAUGUUUGUAUACAUGGUAUACGUUAUCUAUUUCCUCUUACACACUGUUUAUCCAUGACGAGACUAGACGGCUAUUUCCUGAUAGAAGGGUCAGGUGAAACGAAAAAUGCCAACACCAUCAACAGAAGAUGAAGGUGUGCUACUUUGAUGUUGUUUUCGCUGCCAUUUUGUUCUGCAUUGUUGCCAAGACUGCAUCUUGUCCCCCGCCAUGUCGCUGCCAUCAGAAGAUGUACACCUAUUGUGACAAUGCUGCACUAACCGCCAACCAGUUGGAAGGGGUUUUACAGAAUACCCCAACAACAACAACAUAUUUAGAUCUGAGUCAAAACAGUAUUUCAUUCCUACCAGACAAGAUUUUUGAAAACCAUCCUCAAUUGAACAAUGUAAAUUUUGCCUGGAAUGGCAUUGGAAGCAUAUCGCCGAAGGUUUUCGUUCCGUUGACUCAUCUGAGAAAGUUGUUUCUAGAAGAGAAUAAAUUAGUUGUUAUCAAUUCUGGAUUAUUCUCGUCACUUAGAGAACUGGAAAUUCUAAGACUGGACAAUAAUAAAAUUGAGGAUAUUCAUAAUACCAGCUUUGAAAAUCUAACGUAUCUGGAGGAAGUUUAUCUGAAUGACAACCAUUUGUUUGAAAUCCCCUCUUUGUUAUUCUCAAAGACCUCAAAAUUACGGGUGUUGGAUCUCUCUAAUAACCUUAUAGAAUACAUCCACGAUGGAACUUUUUCACAACUGGGAAAUUUACAAGUUUUAUCUCUAGCAAGUAACAGAAUUCGCACGUUACAGUCUUUCACCUUCCGAGGACUUGUAAAUUUGAAUCAGCUAAGUUUACGCCAGAACAGACUCUCCCUGUUACGGGCAUCGGAUCUGGAUCCCGUGAGAGGAAGUCUAAAGGAUCUGGAUUUAUCCUCUAAUCUACUAUCCGCUGUGAAAAGCAAUGCAUUCAGGGAUAUGGUACACUUACUGAAUUUGAACGUCAGCGAAAAUAAUAUCGAGUUUAUCAAUGACAGUGCGUUUUUUGGGUUAUCUCUCGACAAGUUGCUUCUGAAUGGCAACAAGUUAACCCAGCUCUGGAGGUCUUCGUUUCGUGGAGUGCAGAGGAUUGCUUAUUUGGAUUUAAGCGCUAAUGAAAUAGCACGCAUAGAAACGGGAGCAUUUGAUAGUUUCAAUGAAUUCAUAUUUGUACUGGAUCUUUCCAAAAAUAAACUUACUAAAGUACAACAUGGUAUGGUGCGAGACAUGAAAUAUCUACAAGUAUUAAACUUAGCUCAGAAUGAAAUAGACGAAAUAGUAAAUGCUGCACUGAAAGACCUAACAAACCUUCAAGAACUCAAUAUAAGUGAAAAUAAAUUUACCGUUGUUGAUUCAAAGGAUUUCAUAGGACCCCUCAAUUCUUUAGGACGUUUUUCUUUAGAGUGCAAUAAAUUGUCAAAGUUUAAGAAUUUUAAUUUCAACAGAGAAAUUUAUGUUUCAAUGAAUCUAACACUCUCUCAUGUUCAGUCACGGUCUGUGAAUGUUUCUUGGCCAUAUGAGAAAGGACUUCAAAUGUACUGGUCUUUGAUUAUUAAAUGUGUCGAUUCGAACACUUGUCCUUUCGACUCACAGCCUAUCUUUUUACCCGCUUAUCAGGAAAGUCAUGUUAUAGACAAUUUACAGCCGAUAUCGCAAUACUAUGUGUGUAUUAAUCCAGUAUUUGCUGAGAAAAACAUCCAUGUUGAACAAUGCCUCUUCAUUAUGACGUCAGAGGAAGUAGUGACCACUACAAAGGCGCCUUCGACAGUGAUCAAUUCACAAAAGACGUCUGGUGCUUCAUCAAGGACUACAUUUUGUGCAAUGUUGUCAAUGACAUAUUUGAUAAUUUGUUUAUAUGAAUUUAUAAUGUAAAUAUACAGAAACUAUUUUAUCAAAUUGUUUUCAUUUGUUUUCUCCAGACGAAUUAUGUGGCU